AUGCCCUCUUUGAAAUGGCGCCAUAUCCAUAUCAACCACAAAACGCUGUCUAUUAUAACGAGCCAAAAGUAUCCUGGAAACGCCUACAGAGAACAGGUUGAGGUUUUUCACCGCGUUUUUAACUUGUAUACGUUUAGAUACAGUUCCGUCGAUGAUAUUGUUAACGAUCGUGAAAUAAAGCUAAACUGCACUGCCCAAAGCGAUGGACAUGGUAUCACACUACAGUUUGUCAGACGAAAGGCUACUUCCGGUAAUACAAAGGCACUACUACAACUAGACGACUUCAAUCUCGUGGAAGUAGGUGAGUAUUUUCACCCAAUUACUGUUGAUCCUGGGCAGCAUGAAAUUUUUACAGCUGCGGUUGGCUUCAACAAUGUUAAUCACGAGAUACGCAGUUGCAGCAAAAGUGAAAGAGCCAACUUUGCGGGCUACACGAGGAGAAGCACUUAUUCGAAGAAAUUAAAAGAAAGGAAAGGAAUAACGUCCAUUGAGUCGUCGUUGCCUUCACCGAAGGUUAUGUCCAAAGAGACCUAUAUUGUGUACUUGAAAUACACAUUGCAACAUCUGCAGACACUAUUGACUUCUACAGCUUCAAAAUGGGCCCAGUUAAACUUCAACAAUUACCAAGGCAAACAACGGGCAGAUGCUGAGGUAGCUAAUGUGCUAAUUGACGGCGGUCGCAAGUAUAAUAGGAGGAAAAGAAAACAUACAAACAGAAACAAGAAAAGGAAAAGACGACUGAAGAAUGGCCAGAAGAAGACAAUUAGAAGCAAAGUUAAAAAGACAAAACGGGAGCGUAUGGAGGCUCAAGAAGAAAAAAAGAAAAAAACGAUAAAAGAGGAGCCGAAGAGAAAAGAAGACGUUGACUUAUGCAGGUAA